UUGUUUACAACGCUACAUCUGUUAUCAUUAUGAUAAAUUCAGUUUGCUAGUAAAUGUUCGCAUAUAUAUUUAUAAUUGCCAUUUUAACCUUAUAAAGCAAAUAUCUGUGAAAGUCAAUAACAGAAAAAAAAUUGAUUUGUUAACGUCCGAUUUUAAAGAUAACCUCAAAAUGGCAUUAUUACAAUACAUCGCAUUCUUUCUUCUCCUUACCGGCUGUUUAAGCCAAAGACCGUCAUACGCUGGAAGCAGGCCGAUAGGGUACCCAGAAAUCGAAACGACUCCUGCAUCUGGUUUACUAGGGAACAGAUUCGGCAACGACGAGCGAGUUCAAGUGCUACCUCUGGAUGCAUUAAACGACAGAGACUUGGUGAUGCGCAUAAGCAGAUUGCCAAUAGACAAACAACCAUUCUGGUUCAUUAACUGGAGAGCUGUGGAAGCUAACAGAAGAAGGCCACAGACUUACGAACAGAGACAAAAUCCAUUCCUCGAACCUAUAAACCAAAAUCAAGGCAAUCGCAAUUAAUUCAAUUUUUAAAGUAUACGAUCAUUUUAUUGUAUGAUAAUAUGGGAAAAAAUAAAUAAAUAGAUUUGAUUUCUAAAGUUUUCAA